UGACACCCAUCAUCGGAAGCUGCGUAAUCAAGGCCGGCAGCGCUGAACUUGGGCGACCAAUCAAGGGCAAGCCAAGAACACGAUCAGCAAGUGUCAGCAGUAUCGGCCUCGGCAGCGACUGAGACGCCACCAGCACGCUACACGCUACAAAAGAACCAGGCGCGGCAUCGACAGGCGCAGUCGGCGACGGGGCUAUCUGCAGGUCGGACGCUUACCACAUCACUUUGCAGAUUCUGACACCCAUCAUCGGAAGCUGCGUAAUCAAGGCCGGCAGCGCUGAACUUGGGCGACCAAUCAAGGGCAAGCCAAGAACACGAUCAGCAAGUGUCAGCAGUAUCGGCCUCGGCAGCGACUGAGACGCCACCAGCACGCUACACGCUACAAAAGAACCAGGCGCGGCAUCGACAGGCGCAGUCGGCGACGGGGCUAUCUGCAGGUCGGACGCUUACCACAUCACUUUGCAGGUAGGAAAAUACCAUAACCUUCUUUGAAGACCGGAGUCCCUGUCGCCGACUGCUGCCUAGCGUUUAUUGAGAUGACCAAAGCGAUAAAUGACGGCGAUCUGUGCUUUCACUGCAAAACAACUAUCGGCGAGGACGACGAUACUCUGAAAUGUAAUGAAUGCCAUCUUAGUUACCACCUCGGAACCUGUGCCGGUGUGACUGAGACCGCUCUUCGGGGGAAAAAGCCAGGUUUUGUAGAAACAUGGAAAUGCCAAACAUGUCGGGGGGCAAAGCCGAAAAUUCGGAGCAACGCGGGCGAUAAACUGUCUAAAGAAGAUAAGCAGGGUAAAGAAUCGCAGGACGUGCAAAGCCAACUGGCUCAUAUAAUGAGCAUGUUGACGGUGCUUGCACCACUGAAAGUCCAGGUUGAUGAGCUGGUAACCAUGAAAGACACGGUGAUGCAGAUUGAAAAGUCAGUUCAAAACAUGUCUGACCAAUACGACGAAGUGUUAAAAAAAAUGAAGGAACACGACAGUGAAAUCAAGAUUCUAAAGAAGAGGGUAAAUGAACUGGAAAACGAGCAAAAAAAUGACGAAACUGCCCAACUUAAGAGAGAGCUUAAUAAGCUGGAGCAAUACGGGCGAGCAAAUAAUCUUGAGGUGCACGGACUCGUUAAAACCUUGAAUGAAAACCUGCUGGACAAGCUCAAUGAAAUCGCUGAUCGAAUAGAAGUGCCAAAACUGACUAGAGAUAGUGUAGAGGCGGUCCACCGUCUUCCUGCCAAAUCAAACAAGACGCCCGUGGUAAUCGUCCGCUUUAUCAACCGAAACGAACGUAACGUGUGGCUUGAAAACAAGCAGAAGCUGAGAACUGGUGCAGGAGCAGAAAACGUUUACUUGCAAGAGAACAUGACCGCAUCAAACAGGAAGUUGUUCUAUGAUGCCAGGACGAAGGCCAAAAAUCUUGGUUACAAGUUCGCUUGGCACAAGGAGGGAUUAUCAUACGUAAGAAAGAAAGAAGGCGACCCAAGUAUCCGAAUCGAGCAUGACGAUGACCUUGUCAAAAUCGAAUAAGAUUAGAUCUUCUGUGGCUGUUCGUUGUUUUUUUUUUUUUUUUUUUUUUUUGCAAUGGCUAAUGACGCUUUUGUACUCCCGCAAAACCUGAAAGGCCACCUUGGUAAAGAAUAUAUCUCAAGUAUGACAUGCUUUCACCUAAAUGUACAGUCGGCCAAAAAUAAAGCUGUCGACCUUGAGUUACUUUUUAGUCAAUUUGAUUUUUUAUUCGAGGUUAUAAUGCUAUCUGAGACUUGGUAUACGGAUGAAGAGGAUGUCUUAAGAUUGCCUUUGUAUCGAUCCUUUUACAUUAAUCGUACAACUAAACGUGGUGGUGGUUUGUCUAUCCUAACAAAA